AUGUAUGCAGCAGCAGGUGGCGCCUCGCUGGCGUCACGCCAGGCGCGCAAGAAGCAGGCCCAGCAAAACACGAAAAACAAGGCCACCAACCAGCAGAUCCUGCGAGAGAAGCUCGCAGCGAAGGCAGCCACAACGCCAACCAAGAGCAAACCGUUCCAUCAGCUACCGGCGUCGUAUCUGCGAGCUCCACACCAGCACCACCGGAAGCUGAGUGCGGGCUACACCAGCAUUCCCGGUUCCGACCAGCAGCACCCACACCACCGAUUCGGCGAGCAACCCUGCACGUCCUACGGUCCAGCGUCGGGAGCGCACGGACACGGACCGCAUCCUGGCGUAGGACACGCGCAUGGCCAUCAUCACCACCACCACCAUGGGGCACCGGGCGCCAGUGGGUCGCACCCACCAGCACCCUGCCACCUACAUGGUGUGCCAGGACCCUCGGGCCAACCGGGACCCUCCUUCCCGCCGAUGCCGAAACCAACCGGAUUCCGCGAGUACGAUAAGCUGGUUCGACGCCAGCAGCUAACAAAAUCCGCCACCGCCACGCUGCCAUUGGUGUCUCAAGCCCAGCAGGAUCUCACGCCUCCACAAACUCCGACGCUUGGAUUUCCAGGAGAGCAUGGUGGAAUCGAACCGACCAUAGGUCAUCAUUCACACCUAUUGCAUCACCAGCAGCAACACCAACACUAUCACCACCACUCGCAGCAGCAACUGGCCGCGGCGGAUAAAGAGGAUCCUGAGGGUGCACUAACCCUGCAGAUACCGAACGAUCCGAUUAUCAUCACACCGGCGACACCCCAAGCCACACCACCAGGGCGGCUCGGAUUAAAGCCACUCAUCCUGACGGAUGACGAAGAGGCUCGACCAUUGACGAGCCCCACGCCCGGUGCACUCGAGCGCAAGUGCAGCGUGUACCGAGGCCGCAAACUCGACCCGUUCGAGGAGCAGUUCUACAACGCGACAAUAACCGGCGGUCAGCACCAUCAUCAGUAUCAUCCGGACGACGUGUUCUUCCCGCCGGUACCGGCCGUACCGAACGGAGGUGGUGGCCAUUCUACCACAACCACAACGCCCGGCCAUCAGCAGCAGGCCAAGUGGGAUGCCGAGUACUACUGCUGCGAGUGUGACCACCGCCAGUACGGUGUCUGUACCUGUGAUCAGUUCGAGUGUGCCCAAGGUCGUGCAGCAUGGCUAGAAAGAGGAAGACGUUGCAGUGUACAGGAAACACCCGCCUCCUGCCAUCGACGAUGGGUCAAACGGAAUCGGAUACAAGACUCAUCGUUAGGUGGCUCCUCGGACGAUGAAGACCUACUCGGCGUACUCAGAGGACCCAGUUCAUUCGCCAAUGCCUUCCUAUACGUAGGUUUAGGUACCAUAGCAAUUGGUUUAGUGAUAGCAUUCGUCGGUACCGGCGAGAAAGGAUUCAAAACGGUUGAACUAAGACUAAUCGGACCAUCGUUAAUUGGUCUCGGCUUAUUUUGUUGUAUAUUGCGUAUCCUGUUUUGUAUAUGCCCAUCCCAUUGUAUAUCAUCUAGUCGUAGAGCGCGGGAUAAGAAAAACGCCAAGAUAGACGCAGAUCAUAGAACUUCCCUGUUACGAGGCGACAGUAAACGAGUAUCGAUAGCACGCGGACCUCACAUACCGACUAAACAGCCUCAGAUAUAUCCCAAAUCCAUCGUCAAAACCAAAACCUACGAGGGUGUCGAGGCUCUGCGGCAGAUCGCGACCACAUCGCUGUUCCUGCAGAACGAGCAGAAGGUGUCAUCGAACCGGAUCGUUCCUAUCAUCAAAGAACCGGAGAAACUAGAAGAACCACCUUUAGAGCUGAAGAAGAUCGAACAACGACGGGACGAUGCAGCAAUCGUGAGCAUAUCGGACGGCGAGGAGGACUCACACCGACGGCAACUACAGCACGCAUCCGACACGCAGGUUAUAGACCUGACGGGUGAAGACCAAGACGACGAUCAGUUGCAUUCACCCGGCAGUCACCACCAUCGCAAGGAUAGCAAACUACGUCGUCAGCGGACGUCUGUGCAUCAGCAGAAGCCUGCCAGAGAGUUGCAAACGUCGGCGUAUGGAUCCGCCACCGCGGGUCCCACCGAACCCGCCAACCAGCUGAUGGAAACAUCCCUCAUGAUCAUCGGUCCAACGCCUCUCAGCUCACCCACGAAGUCGGUGGUAACGAUGCCCCCAACCGGAGGCACGUCCUCGCUCACCAUCCCGAUGGUUCCAGCGAACGGAUCCGCCAUGCACGGGACAAGCGGGAACAAGCACUCUACCACCGGUGGCAACCUGCUGACACUGCCGCCCACGGCUAGUUCGACAUCCGGCACCGUCGGACCAACGGUGAGCUUCGCCGGAAGUACACCACUGCCGGGACAGCUUUCACCGCUGCCGUCGACUUCGUACCUAUCGUCGGCGAUUGCUGGCGGUUACCGGGCGUCGGCCGGUUCGAUACCAGGUGCUUCCUCACCGCUUGCUGGGUUCCUGUCGUCAGGUUCACCCCAUUACCAUAGCAACAGCAGCAGUAGCAGUAGCAACUACAUCUUUUCGCCACCGCCUUUCACGCAGCACGAUCCGAUCACGCUGGGAACCAAUACGAUCACCACGGCGGCGUCUGCCAUGCUGCACACGCCGGCGUCCGCCAGUACCACCAAAGCCGAACCGGAACUAGUGUUAAGUCCAGCGAAGUUAGGACAGUAG